AGGAGACAGUUGUGUGUGUAGUCCUGGGUUGUUAUAUGAAAGUACUGUUUAAUAAUUGAAUCAGGAUUACCAUAAGGACUAUAACUGAUCAUCUGGCGAGGUUGUGACUAUACAGUAGCCUGGUGUGAACUGUCACAGCUAGCUCCAGUUUAGAAAAAAAGUUGGAAUUCUAGAAUGAGAAAUAGGAUUGAACUUUGAAAAGUGUGAACAGAGUGACGAUUUGGUCGAUACUUAGCAAUCCUUCCUCACGUUGUGUUUAGACGUUUUGUGUUGGUGUCCAGAUAAUGAACUUCUGGUGGUCGUAGGACAGAGCAGAGCCAAUGUCUGUGGACAUUUUACCCCCAAAGUUUUCACAAAUUCAUACGGCGUUCAGCUACCCCCAUCUACAGCAGAUGAAGGAGGCACGGCCCCCAUCCCCCUUUGUGGUUCACGGGAGGAUUCAGGUUGACGAUGCCAACACCAAAGUCAACAUCAAUAACUUCGAUCCCAACUACAUUGUGUACGACCCGACAUCUGAUACUACCUACAUCAGAGGCCGUCUGCUGGGCAAGGGUGGUUUUGCAAGAUGCUACGAACUUCUGGAUUUAAAUACAAAUAAAGUGUAUGCUGGAAAGAUAAUAUCAAAGCAGCGACUCACAAAACCACAUCAGAAACAAAAGAUUGCCAGAGAAGUAGAUUUGCAGCGGGAUCUCUCACACGAGCAUGUAGUGGGCUUUCAUAGUUACUUUGAAGAUGAAGACAACGUGUACAUUGUUCUUGAAAACUGCAGCAGAAAGUCUUUAGUUCACAUGUUGAAACAGAGGAAAACUCUGACAGAACCGGAAGUGCGAUACUACCUCCGUCAGUUGGUGGAAGGCGUCAAAUAUGUCCACAACAACAAUAUAAUUCAUCGUGAUCUCAAACUGGGCAACAUGCUCCUGAACGAAAAAAUGCAACUCAAAAUCGCAGACUUUGGUCUAGCCACAAAAAUGACCUACGAAGGCGAAAAGAAGAUGACCGUAUGUGGAACUCCAAAUUACAUAGCACCAGAAGUUCUGCAAAAAAGAGGUCAUAGCUACGAAGCAGACGUUUGGGCAAUUGGAUGUGUAACUUAUGCCUUGUUGGUUGGACGGCCCCCAUUUGAAACCUCAACUCUCAAGGAGACAUAUGUCAGAAUUGCAAACAAUAACUAUGUUCUUCCACAAACCAUGUCACUGCCUGCGCAGAACUUUAUUCGACAGUGCCUGAAUCAUGAACCCGAACUCAGACCGAGUUUGAACGAACUAUAUAACCAUGAAUUCUUCAGCUCAGGUUUUCUGCCGAAGUCCCUUCCCUCUUCGUGCUGUACCAACGUGCCAAAAUUCCCCGUGUACACCAAGUUCAACAGACCCAAGUCGUAUGCCGUACCAGACAAGCCUGAUGCAGUAGAACGUAUGACGUCACCCAUCAGGAACAUCGAAAUCCAGACAGACACCAGACCAGAACGACAGGCAAAUGAGUUGGCAGAACGUAUCUCCUCACCCCCACCUUUCCCUUCGGUUAAAUCACCAAUCACUGUCUCUCCCCCAACUUCCUUCCCGACCGUCAAGUCCCUGGUCAGGGAAAAUGUCAGCGAGAGGAACAGCCGUUCAGAGUCACCUCCAAGCAGAGAAUCUUCACCCAAACCACGUUCAGCAGUGACGUUACUUGAUGUUCUACACACAUGCUUAGAACACAUGCCCAAAGAUGUCAGAGAAAACCCACUAUCCAUAUCUGACUCGAACAUUGUCUGGGUGACAAAAUGGGUAGAUUAUUCCAACAAAUACGGCUUCGGUUUCCAACUCUCCAAUGACGUCAUUGGCGUUCUAUUUAACGACACUUCAAGAAUCGUGAUGUCACCGGAUGGGAGGGCCGUGCAGUAUUUUGACGUCACCAAUAAGUCGUCAUCAUACACCGUAGAGUGUGUCCCAGAGGAGCUAGAGAAGAAGACUACCCUCCUGCUUUACUUCGCCCGCUAUAUGGACGAACAUCUCAUCCAGGGAGGUCAAGUGGAAUUGUCCAAGGACUCUGACGAUUCUUGGUAUGGAAAUGUCUACUUGAAAAAGUGGUUCAGAACAUCGAAAGCAAUUGUUCUUUACCUCAGCGAUGGAACUCUUCAGGUAAACUUCUUUGAUGACCAUACCAAGAUCAUAAUGAGUUACAUGAAGAAUGACUACUAUGUGACCUAUAUCGAUGAAGAAAGAACAGCGAACACGUACUGCAUGAUGCAAAUAAUCCAAGAUGGCUGCCGCAGGGAUAUUGUUCAGCGUAUGAACUUCGCUAAAAAGAUGCUCAAAAACUUAGUUGAUAUCGAGGGAGCUGAUAUUUAAAUUUGUGUCUGAUAUCAGAUGACUUUUUGAUAACAAAAUAUCACGUCCCAUUUGUCUUUCAAAGGAAAUAUAAUGUUAUUAUCAAACCUUUUGAAGCGGAUUUAUAAGAAAGGUAUCAUGAGUCAUGCGGUAUAUACAUGUAGGCAUAUGUCCAUCAUUAGAGAACAGUCUCUAAGUGCCUUAGUUGUGCAUACUAUAGUAUUUAUGAGAAUAUACUUCAGAUCUCGGAUAGUUUACCGAUUUCCAUAAUAAAUUGGUGCAUAAUAAUAAUCAGCUAAUAAUUAAUUAGCGUUUAGUGAUAGUAGGUCUAACCUUAGAGAUGUAUAGCUUUGAUUGAGAGAUUAUUGCUGCAAUAUAUAUCAAAGGACUAAUGUCUCUCAACUAUCGCCCGUCCUCCCCUGGAAACUUGCAAGGUGCUAUGACUACACAGGGGGAUCUUGUAUGGGCCGUGAAUAAUUGAAUUGGUCCCGUAUAUAUUUGUAAUAAAAAUGUUAGAGAAAAAACAUUCCUGCCAAACAUUGAAUUCGUGUAUAAACUAGUCUCGCCUUGUUUUUUGUCCUAAUAUAUAUGGAUGAUAUUCGGACCGAAAACAUUUGCAUUUGCAUUUAAUUGAAACAUUUUUGAGCGUUGGACGCCAAAACUGACUAGAUACUUGAUACCUGAUAACAUGUGAUAAUAAAAUUGUGGACCAAUAUGUUGAUCUCAUGUUAAAGAAUAACAUUGAAAAUAAUGUGCACAUGUAGAUAAUGCCAUUCUUUUUCAUUGUACGAACACCUGUGAUGAUUUUUUUUGUUGUAUAUUGUUGAUUUUUUUUUAAUUUCUCGCUUAAAUGAACAUUUGGUAUAUGUUCUGGGUGUCUUAAGCAAUGGUUUUUAAAUUGCUUCUAAAGAAUAAAGCAGUUCGAGGUUUUUGUUUCGAAAUGGUAUGAAUGAACCUCAGAUUUCGGAUAUGGAUUUGCUCUUGUGUUGCAAUAAUUUGAAGCAAAAAUGUUUAUCUGCUUCUCUUUAACCACAAAAGCGAAUUGUAGGUAUAUGAUGUGUGACAAAAUAUGAAAUUACGGCUUUUUACAAUCGGGAUCUCAGUGGGAUAUUGUAAUCAUGUUGAUUAGUGUAUGUAAUAACUGUUACAUAAAGGUUGGAUUUUUUGUUUCGUCUUUCGAAAUGUUCAUUUCUUCAGACACGAAGAAAUGUCCAUUUUUUUCUAUCGCUGAAAAUAUAAUCAGGCAACUGUAAUAAUUUAUGCAAUAUUUUUUUUUUCAUGCAAUACGAUUUUUGUUGGACCCACAUUACACCAUGAAAAUAUGUAUAAAUAUACUGUACGUAUGCAUGCCGAGGAGGCUACUUGUGAACUGCAUUUAUUUGUAAGAUAGUGUGUGCUGGUUGACUGAAUGUGCAAACUCCGUGUGAUUUUUGGAUUUAAAAAGUUUUUUUUUUGCCCUUUUCAAUAAAUGUCUUGCAAUAACA